GCAUUGGGGUCGGCUGGACCUUCAUCUGUCAGCCUUGGAGCUCGAUCCCUCGUCGCCUCGCUCCUGGCUGAAUGCAGGAGUCGCCAUGUCUGCCGAGGACGAGGUGGAAUUCCAGGGCCAGCGUUGGUCUCGGAAGGCAGUCCUUCGGCGGGCGGAGGAGCUGGCGCCAUGUCGCAGCAGGCAGGCCGAUGGAUUGAAGCCAGAGGUUAA